AUGGCUUCCCAUAAUAAUCACACGCGACUCCUUAAGGAAAUUGUAGAAAAUGAGGCGGUUUUAUAUCUCCCAAAACCAUGUGGUCAUAAGGAGAUUUGCAAUAUUUGGAAACAUGUUUGUAGAAAGAUAAUAUCAUUUGAAGGAUGUAACUACUCAAAUGGAGAAUCACCUGAAGAAAACCAAGAGCCCAACAUCUUCAAGAGGGUUGAUCAGAUAGUUACACAAUCAACAAAUCUCAACCCCAAAUUUAUCAAUAACAACUUAUCAUCAGAAGGUGUCACUCAAGAAGGACUAAACAUUAAUUCACUGGAUUAUAAUGCCAUGUUUAAGCCAGUUACAUAUGAGGAAGUACGAGGCAAUGAUCAUGAUAAAGAACAUAUUCAUGAGCAUAAGAGAACAAAUGACCAACUUGUUGAGGAUGACAAAUAUUAUAAAAAGAUAUUUGAUACCAUGAAGCGGAUUUCAUGGACGAGUGUUCUUCAGAAAAAGUUUGUUGAGGCAAUCAAUACACUUGGGAAACAAAAGGCUUAUCCUUCUGCAAUUCUAGAAGCCAUGAAUGUUCCGGGACUCACACGUAAUCAGAUCGCGAGCCACCUACAGAAAUACCAAGAACAUCAAAAGAGUAUCAAGAAACCAACCUUGAUACCACAAAAGAAAAAGCAAGUAGAGAGAUAUGCUUACAACAGAUGUGGGCAAUCGACCCCAACUAAUGAUUAUGAAUCCAUCCCUCAAUCCAGUAACAUCCAGCCACCAUUGACGCUUAAUUCUAUAGGAAUGUCUUACAUGACCAUAAACAACAUCAAGGCUCGACUGCAAAGAGCUCCUCCGUUACCUGUACCACAACCAAAAACCACCAUUAAUAACUCUUAUAGUGAUCAAUCAACAGAUCAUAGUUUUUGUCAUACUUCAUUGGGUGAAACAAGCAAGAUCAUUACUUUUGGAUUAGUUGAAAGCUGUAACAGUAUUAUUGGUCAAAGAAAUGAAAUUCAAAUGACAAGAGAUACUUAUGAAACAAUGAGUGAUGACUUAUGUUUAUCCAUAUUGUACAAACCUGAGAAUUGA